GGUCCGACGCUGCGUGCCCGUAGCGCCAGCAAAUGGUUUUGUCUCCUUUUUCCAAUUUUCACUCCUUGUUUCUCCGUUCCCGCCAUCGUUUCCCUCCACUGCUCGUUUCGUCCCGUCCGGCCGUAUUAAAUCUCCCACCCGUCCCGCGCCAAUCCUCCCCGCUCCGCACGAUUCCGCGCCUCCUCGCCGCUCCCGUCCCCGGCGACGCGAUGGCCAUGGACCGCCGCGCCCGCGCAGCCCCACGCGAGGACGAGGAGCGCCCGAGCCACGGCCGGUUCCUCCGCCCCGGCGCGCUCGCCCGGCUCCGGGACUCCAGGAUCGUCGCCCGCUCCCUCCGGUCGGCGGCGGCGCGCCUGCCGAUCUCAUCCGCCCCUCCGUCCCCCGCGCCGGCGGCCGCGUCGGAGCAGCAGCGGCAGGACGGCGUGCCGCACUUCCUGGUGGGGCCCGCGAGGGGCCUCUGCGGCGCGGCGCGGUACCCGCUCAGGAGGAGGAUGGCCGCGGCGAGGUGCGUGGUGUUCUUGCCGCCGCCGGAGGCGUUCCUGGACGCGCCGGCGCCGUCGUGGGGUCUCGUCACCGCCCGCUGACGGAGGCCGAGAUCAGCCGCGGCCGUGCGUUUAGAUCCGCAAGUAGUUAGAACUCUGUGCAGAUGGCUCGCUGAACUUUCUUCCUUUCAACAGUUUUAGGAUCUGAUGCGACUGUUUUGGAUCUGCUACCUUUCCGGUCUAAUUUUGCGUCGUGAAUUGAUCCAGAUUUACAAGUUUGUGACUUGCAUUUGUAGCUGGGUGCGUUGGUUUUCCUUUGGUCACAUAGCUUUCUUAGUAUCUUAU